AUUGGGGGUUCGGUUAAGAGACAAUCAAUCUCAUGCUGUCCACUGUCUUCAAGAGAAGUAUAAGCACAAUGGCGCCGCAAACCACAUCGGCACCUUUCUCUCGGGCUAUCGUCAAUGCGAUGCGGAGACUGUAUCCCGAAGCAUUGGCAGACAAGAGCUUUGAUAACACCGGACUGCUGCUCGAAGCGCCCUUCAAUGCCACACGACGACAAAAGAAUUCCGUUCUGUUGACCGUGGAUCUGACCAAAGCAGUCGCAAACGAAGCCAUCGAGCGCAAAGCUUCAAUAGUCAUCUCAUAUCAUCCCAUCAUCUUUCGCGGCUUGAAAAGUCUCACAUUGGAGGACACUCAGCAGCAAAGUUUACUGCGGCUAGCAUCCGAGGGCAUCAGUGUCUACAGCCCUCAUACGGCCGUGGACUGCGCCGCCGGCGGCCUGGGCGACUGGCUCGCAGACAUCGUAACCGGUACACCGGCAACAGAGCAAGACAUCCAAGCGCUGCUCUCAUCACAACAGGAAGGCUCGACCAGCGGCUCCGCCAGCGAAGCCGAAGAUGGUGUUCCCAAACGACCCACAUACAUGCUCCAGCACCACCCCUCGCAACUGUCCAUCAUCGGCCGCGCGCUCAACCUCGGCAAUAACGCCCACGAGCGCUACCCCAUCACCGAAACCAAAGUUGCCGGCCAUCCAGACGCAGGAAUGGGCCGUGUGAUAAGAUUCGCCGAACCCAUCGCCUUGACCUCCAUCAUCGACCGGAUCGGGCUGGGGCUAGGAAGCCCUACUGCGUUCCCCAUCGCGAUCCCACAAGGCAAACAAGCAAGUGAGAUCAGCAUUGGAAGCGUCGCGCUCUGUGCAGGAUCCGGGGGUUCGUUGUUUGGCGAAUUGGAGAAGAACGGGGAGACGGAUGUGGAUUUGUAUUUCACGGGGGAGUUAUCGCAUCACGAGGCGCUAGCGGCGAUCGAGAAGGGUAAAUGUGUGAUUUGUUUGUUCCAUAGUAACACCGAGAGAGGGUUUUUGCACAGUGUGAUGAAACCACAGUUGGAGCAGGCAGUGGUGGAAGAGUGGAAUGAGCUGCGAAGAGCCGAGAAGGCUGAGGGCCAAGUCGAUGGCGAGGCUGCGAAAGCGUAUGAAGACGACUUCGUAGAGAUCCUCGUGAGUGAGGUCGACCGCGAUCCGUAUGGGAUCAUGAUCUCAAAGUUGGGUCUCGAGCAGCAGCAGGAAUAAACCAUCACGCUCCGGUGAGCAUGAAGCCACGAUCAGAUAUAGGCGGGGACAAUAAUUUACAGGCCACACUGGGUUCGGGAGAGGAGACUGCAUCAACGCUCGAAUCAAAGCUUCCGUAGACAGCUCAUCAAUCAUAAACUUCUGAAAAGCAACCGUGCUCUAUGCUCUUCAAGCACCGACGCUGACCUGCCCGCUCCGUCCUCCGCGGUUUCUGUUCCGCACAGCGCCAGGCCGUGAUAGAGUAUAUUUGGCGAAAGCCCUCUGGAGCGCUUUCUUGCAGCU